AUGGUAGACCGAGGUCCAAAACGCCAGCGCCUCUCACUCGAUGGCGCAGAGGCCGUCACCGCCACUGCUGACGCCGACCAACCCUCCAGCAAUGCCGCAGCUGCAGCGACGGCAAAGGAAGUCGCGCGCAGACAACUCUUCGUUCGCAGCCUCGCACCCGACGUCACCAGCGAAGACCUGACCGAGUACUUUUCCGAGUCCUACCCGAUCAAGAAUGCGCUUGUUGUGUUGGACAAACAGACGCGUGAGUCCAAGGGCUAUGGCUUCGUUACAUUCGCCGAUGUCGAGGAUGCGCAAAGAGCAAAGGAGGAAUUGAACAAUACACAGAUCAAAGGCAAGAAUAUCAAGGUCGAUUUCGCCGAGGCCAGGCAGCGUGAGGGUGAGGAGAAGCGGCCCAGGGCCAUCGACAGGAUCAAGGCAGAGCGCGAGCAACAGCUCAAGGAAGCGCAAGUACCCAAAAUCAUCGUACGAAACCUGCCCUGGACCAUCAAGACACCGGAGGAUUUGGAAAAGCUCUUCAGAAGCUACGGCAAGGUCAAUUUUGCAAAUCUACCAAAGAAGCCCAAUGGCGAAUUGAGAGGAUUUGGCUUCGUGUCUCUACGAGGAAAGAAGAACGCAGAGAAGGCAAUGCAGGAGCUGAAUGGCAAAGAGAUCAGCGGCAGGCCCAUCGCUGUUGAUUGGGCUGUCGAUCGUGACACUUGGUUGAAUCUGCAAAAAACCGAACAAGAAGGCGACGCUAAAGCAGAUGGAGACGAAGACAUGGAGGAUGCUGAAAGCUCCGUAGUCAGUUCUGAUGAGGACGACGGCGAGGACGACUCGGAAAUGAACAGUGAAGACGACGAAGACGAAGACGAAGACGAAGACGAUUCCGACAACAGCGACAUCGACGACGAAGACAUAUCCGAGGAUGACGAGGAAGGUGGCGUUGAGCUAGAUCAACAAGACAAUCGGCCAAAGCGCGAGGAUUACACAGUCUUUGUACGCAACGUGCCAUUCACUGUAGACGAUGAGCGUCUGAAGGAACACUUUCAACAGUUUGGAGGCAUACGGUAUGCGCGUGUUGUCGUGGACCGCGAUACCGAGCGGCCAAAGGGCACUGCAUUCGUUGCAUUCUUCACCGAGGAAGACAUGGUCAACUGCUUGAAGGGUGUCCCACGUGUCAAGUUGCAAAAGAAGGAUCUGAACAAGUCGGACGGCUCCACCAUCACCGUCACACAUUCCGUGCUUGAAGACGAGGACGCCGACCCUACAGGCAGGUACACUAUUGACGGCCGUAUUCUACAAAUCUCCCGCGCCGUCGACAAGAACGAAGCCAGUCGUCUCACAGCCGAGGGCGCAGCUUCGCGUUUCAAUCGCGACAAGGACAAGCGCCGCCUUUAUCUCCUCUCAGAAGGAACCAUCAGUUCUAACUCGCCGCUGUAUCAAAAACUCUCGCCCUCUGAGAUCAAGAUGCGCGAGGAGAGUGCGACGAUGCGUCGCAAGCAGAUCCAAGAGAACCCUUCGCUCCAUCUCUCCCUCACCCGUCUCUCGGUUCGCAAUAUCCCCCGUAGCAUCACUUCAAAGGACCUUAAGCAGCUCGCCCGUAGUGCUGUCGUUGGCUUCGCUGCUGAUGUCAAGGAGGGUAAGCGACAAAAACUCAGCAAGGAGGAAGUCAUUCGUGGCGGUCAGGAGAUGUUGGUGGCGGAGAAGAUGCGUAAGAAGAAGGGCAAAGGUAUCGUCAAGCAAGCCAAGGUCGUCUUCGAGACACCUGCAGGUAGCAAAGUUCCAGAGGAAGCUGGCGCAGGAAGGAGUAGAGGAUAUGGUUUCAUCGAGUACUACACUCACCGCAAUGCUUUGAUGGGUCUUCGAUGGCUCAACGGGCACGCUGUGGACUACAAGAUCAAGGCGGACCCUACACCAAAAAGCAAGAAGCAAGCACAGGAAGCACUGGAAGACAAGCGCAAGCGUCUUAUUGUAGAGUUUGCUAUCGAGAACGCGAAUGUUGUCAACAGACGUACAGACCGCGAGGAAAAGUCCCGAGAGCCCCGAAAGCCGAAGACAGGCGGUGAGGCUGACGAGGACGAUUCACAACCAGACAAAACAAAGGGCAAGAAGCGAAAGCGAGACUCGAGUGCUGGAGACAAAAAGAGCAAGGGGAAGGCCACCGACAAAUCGAAACAGGGUUCGGGUGCGGAAGCGGGCCCUUCUUCCGCUAAGAACAAGGGCAGUGAUGAGAAGCUCGCGCUGAGAACCAGGAUCAUUGCAAAGAAGAGGCAAGCUCGCAAGGCCAAGCGAUCAGGAAAGGCGUGA